CCGCCGCCCCGCCCGCCGUCAACGACGACGUCAUUGGCGGCAGGACGGUGAUCCAGCGGCGGCGGUGACGACGACGACCCGCAUGAUCGACCGGAGAUACUGACCAAGACUUCCACGGCACCCAUGGCAUCCACUGGCCGGUUUACAGUGGGUUCUCAUGUUUGGGUCGAGGAUGCUGAUGUGGCUUGGAUCGAUGGCCUGGUGGAGGAGGUCCAUGGAGACCAAUUAAUUAUAAACUGCAGUUCCGGAAAGAAGGUUACUGCCAAUGCGUCAAGUGUAUAUCCAAGGGACGUAGAAGUGGCACGCUGUGGGGUUGAGGAUAUGACAAGGCUAGCUUAUCUACACGAACCAGGAGUUCUCAGAAACUUGAAGUCAAGAUAUGGAAUGAAUGAAAUAUAUACUUAUACCGGGAACAUAUUAAUAGCUGUAAAUCCGUUUCAAAGACUUCCUCAUCUUUAUAAUGAUCAUAUGAUGGGAAUCUACAAGGGAGCUGAAUUUGGUGAGCUGAGUCCCCAUCCUUUUGCCAUGGCUGACCGUGCAUAUAGGCUUAUGAUGAAUUAUGGUAUCAGCCAAGCCAUAUUGGUGAGUGGUGAAAGUGGAGCUGGUAAGACAGAAAGCACUAAAAUGCUUAUGCAGUAUCUUGCUUUCAUGGGUGGCAAAAUUGAAUCUGGUGGAAGGUCAGUGCAACAACAAGUGCUGGAGUCCAAUCCUGUUCUUGAGGCAUUUGGAAAUGCAAAAACAGUCAGGAAUAAUAAUUCAAGUCGUUUCGGCAAAUUUGUUGAACUUCAGUUUGAUCAGAAUGGGAAGAUCUCAGGAGCUGCCAUAAGGACUUACCUUUUGGAAAGAUCUCGUGUCUGUCAAAUAUCUGAUCCAGAAAGAAACUAUCACUGCUUUUACAUGCUAUGUGCUGCACCACUAGAGGACCGUGAGAGGUAUAAAGUGGGAGAUGCAGCAUCAUUUCACUAUCUCAACCAGUCCAAUUGCAUUAAUCUUGAUGCAAUGGAUGAUUCUUCAGAAUAUGUAGCAACCAGACGAGCAAUGGAUAUUGUAGGCAUUAGUUCUGAUGAGCAGGAUGCCAUAUUCAGAGUUGUUGCUGCUAUUCUUCAUUUGGGCAAUGUGGAAUUUUCCGAAGGGAACGAAGCAGAUUCUUCUGUACCCAAAGAUGAAAAAUCCAAGUUCCAUCUUAGGACAGCUGCAGAGCUUUUCAUGUGUGACGAAAAGUCCCUCGAGGAAUCUUUAUGUAAGCGUGUUAUGGUAACACGUGGUGAGAGUAUUGUAAGAAACUUGGAUUUACGAGCAGCAGCUCUUAGUAGAGAUGCAUUGGCCAGAAUCGUUUACUCCCGCUUAUUUGAUUGGAUCGUGAAUAAGAUCAAUACUACAAUAGGACAAGAUCCUGAUUCAAAGCUUUUGAUUGGUGUGCUGGACAUUUACGGAUUUGAAAGUUUCAAAACAAACAGUUUUGAGCAGUUCUGUAUCAACUUAACCAAUGAGAAGCUCCAGCAACACUUUAAUCAGCAUGUUUUUAAGAUGGAGCAAGAAGAAUAUACAAAGGAAGAAAUUGAUUGGAGUUACAUCCAAUUUGUGGACAACCAAGAGAUUCUUGAUCUCAUUGAGAAGAAACCAGGGGGGAUAAUUUCUCUACUGGAUGAGACUUGCAUGUUGCGAAACUCAACCCAUGAAAUAUUCGCUGAAAAGCUCUAUCAAAAAUAUAAGGACAAUCCGCACUUCAGUAGGCCAAAAUUUUCACGAUCUGAUUUCACUAUUCAUCACUAUGCGGGAAAUGUUACAUAUCAGACGGAUCUAUUCUUAGAUAAAAACAUAGAUGCUGCUGUAAACGAGCAUCAGGAUUUGUUACAUGCUUCUAGAUGUCCAUUUGUCUCAAGUCUUUUUCCCCCUUCUGAAGAAUCAACUAAAUCCACAAAGUUCACUUCGAUAGGUUCGAGCUUCAAGCAACAAUUACAAGGUCUAUUGGAAACUCUCAGCGCAACAGAACCACAUUACAUGCGCUGCAUAAAGCCUAAUAAUGUUCUCAAGCCAGCAAUUUUUGAGAACAGUAAUGUUCUCCAGCAACUUCGGUGUGGGGGGGUGCUAGAGGCGAUAAGAAUAAGCUGUCUUGGAUACCCAACAAGGCGGACAUUUGAAGAAUUUGUUGACCGCUUUGGUGUUUUACUACCAGAAGUUCUCGGCGAAGGUUAUGAUGAAGUUAAUUCCACAAACCUGCUCCUUGAGAAAGUAAAUCUCACAGGUUAUCAGAUAGGGAAAACAAAAGUGUUUCUGCGUGCUGGUCAGAUGGCUGAACUAGAUGCUCGGAGGACUGAGGUCUUGAGCUGUUCUGCUAGUAAAAUCCAGAGAAAAGUUCGGUCGUUUCUGGCUCGCAGAAACUUUAUUCAGCUGCGAAUGUCUUCUGUUCAGCUUCAGGCAAUGUGCAGAGGACAAAUUGCGAGACAUUAUUAUGAAGAUCUCCGUAGGAAAGCUGCUUCAUUGAAAAUUCAGACCUGCUAUCGUAUGCACUUUGCAAGGAAACACUACAAAGAUCUCUGUUCUGCAUCGACUACUGUCCAAUCAGGUCUACGUGGUAUGGCUGCUCGCAGCGAACUCCAUUCCCGUCAGCAAACAAAAGCGGCAGUGAUUAUUCAGAGUUUCUGCCGUAGUGAUUUAGCAAGCUCACGGUACAUGGGUUUAAAGAAGGCAGCAAUCACAACCCAAUGUGCUUGGAGAGGAAGGGUGGCUAGAAGAGAACUUAGAAAACUUAAAAUGGCUGCAAAAGAAAGUGGUGCUCUGCAGGCUGCCAAGAAUAAGCUAGAGAAGCAAGUUGAGGAACUCACUUGGCGUUUGCAACUGGAAAAACGCAUGAGGACUGACAUGGAAGAAGCCAAGUCACAGGAAAAUAAGAAGUUGCAACAACAGUUGCAGGAACUGCAAUUCCAGUCCAAGGAGACAAACGAUUUACUAAGAAGGGAACAGGAAAAUGCAAAAGCAGCAUUGGACAAAGCUGUCUCUGUACCAGAGAUCCAUGUCGAUACAACUCUUGUUGAUGAGCUUACUGCUGAAAAUGCCAAGCUUAAGACACUGGUGGUUUCUCUCGAGAUAAAAAUUGAUGAGACAGAACAGAAGUUCGAAGAAAUGAAGAAAGCCAGAGAAGAGUUGCUGAAGAAAGCCACAGAUGCAGAGUCAAAGAUAAAUGGACUGACCAACUCAAUGCUAAGUUUUCAAGAAAAGCUUACAAAUAUGGAAGCUGAAAAUCAACUUCUCCGGCAGCAGGGGCUGUUGCACUCACCUAUGAGAACAAUAUCCGAGAGCACAUCUCCCAAAUCUAAUUUGGCUAAUGGCAGCCCACGCAUCGAGGAACAGAUGACACCUCAUGGCACUCCUCGAGCACCCAAGGAUUAUGGGAGCUUCGCACAGCCUAGGGCAUCCUUUUCUGAGAGGCAGCAUGAGAGUGUUGAUGCACUUAUAAGCUGUGUUACUGAUAAUAUUGGCUUUAGCGAAGGAAAGCCAAUUGCUGCAAUAACCAUAUACAAAUGUCUUGUCCAUUGGAAGAUAUUUGAAACAGAAAAAACAUCUGUUUUUGAUAGGCUUAUUCAAAUAUUUGGUUCUGCAAUGCAGUAUCAUGAUAGCAAUGAAGAUCUUGCAUACUGGCUAUCAAACUCAUCAACUUUAUUGAUCAUACUACAAAAGAGUCUCAGAGCUGUUGGCUCAACCGGAACGACUCCACAGAAAAGACCACAGACUCAGUCAUCGUUCCUUGGGAGGAUGGUCUUCCGUUCUUCGACCAUCACUGUUGAUAUGGAUCUCGUGCGUCAAAUUGAGGCCAAGUAUCCUGCAUUUCUUUUCAAACAGCAACUUACAGCAUUUGUGGAAGGCUUAUAUGCGAUGAUCCGUGACAAUGUGAAGAAAGAACUAUCCUCAUUGCUCUUGCAUGCUAUUCAGGUCCCAAGAAUUAUGAAAGCCAGUAUGGUAAGAGCGCGUUCAUUUGGGGCGUCAAGUUUGAGGGGGCGUUCAUUUUCAAAUCAAGGUAGCUAUUGGCAGGCAAUAGUUGACAAUUUGACUGAACUCUUGAAUAUCUUGCGAGACAAUUGUGUCCCUGCUAUUUUUAUUCGGAAGAUAUUUACGCAGAUUUUCUCAUUUAUCAACGCUCAACUUUUCAAUAGGUAA